AUGGCGCAUCUUAGCCAAAUGAUCGCUUUUCUCGGCCUUGCUUCGCUACUUGUCGCUACACCCGUCUCUCAGUCCUCUUCGUAUGCCGUCGGAUAUGCCUCAGACAACGUAACACUCAGCAAUCUUGACCUUCUCGAUAUCCACAGCACUUCCGACAAUCCCAAUGAGGCGGCCAUUCACUGCUAUACGGACGAUAAGUGGUGUUACGGGAUCUCUCGUAUAUGGGCAGCGAGAGCGCUCAAUUGGUUCUGUAACCACUUCAACGGAUACAUCUUCAUGGACAGCUCCACUUACAAUACUGGCGAUUGGUAUUACGCUCCAAGUGAUAAACCUCACCGUACGCCUUACAUCGAUGAAGUCUGGGAGGAGGGACAUAUCAAAAUGAACAUCUUCACCAUCGGCACAUGCGAUCCGCCUGUGGAAAUGAAUUUCGACGUCUGCUAUGUCAAUAUGAUGGCAGCUGUUGACAGCUGCGAUACGGUCGGGGAGAACAACAAGCAUGGUGGCACCGCUAGUUCCGGCUGUCUCCAGUAUUCGUUCCAACCGAAUCCUCAAUUCUGGCCAAACUGCAAGCUGAGGCAAGAUCAAACAUGA